GCUGCGUUGCUGCUGCUGGUGCUGGCGGUGCUGCCUGUGCUUCCGCGGCGGGGUGGGGUUGGCCAAGCCGAGCCUCUUCCCCUUCCUCCUUCCUCCUCCUUCCUCCUCGGCUCCCUCCAUGGAUUUCACUUAGCUCCAGCCCUCCCUCCCCUCCCUCCCUCCCUCGGCAUGGCCGGGCCCACGGAGUCCCCUCGCGACGUGGCCUCGGCGUCCAGCUCCUCGCUCUUCCGCCUCCGCCACCUCCGCCUCGGGCUGGACCUCCGCCCUGAAGCCCGGGCUUUGGCCGGAUGCUUGGUCCUGGAGCUCUGCGCCAGGGAGGGCGAGGAAGAGGAAGAGGAAGAGGAAGAAGAGGAGGAGGAGGAAGAGAAGAGGAAGCAGCUCUGGACGCUCGUGCUGGACACUCACCCCGCCUUGAGGGUGGCCUCGGUGGGCUUCAGGCCUUCCCCCCUGGGGGAGAAGCGAUGCGGGUUCGUCUUCCACUCCGCAGGGACCCCCAAGGCCCACCCCAGCUCCUCCUCGCCCCCUUCUUCCUCCUCCCCAAGGCGGGGGGUCUCCAGGGGGGACACCAAUUCCCAUGCGCUCUCGGCCUCAGGACCCUCAGCUGACCCCUCCAGACCCCUGUUAACCCUUCAAGACCCUGCCUCAAGCCCUGACCCCUCAAGACCACCAUUGACCCCUCAAGACCCCUCUUCGAGUCUAUACCCUUCAAGAUCCCUGUUGACCCCUCAAAACCCUUCCUCAAGCCCUGACCCCUCAAGACCCUUGUUGACCCUUCAAGAACCCUCUUCGAACCCAUACCCCUCAAGAUUGCUGUUGACCCCUGAUCCCUCAAGACCACCAUUGACUCCUCAAGGCCCCUCGUUGAGUCUAUACCCUUCAAGACCCCUGUUGACCCCUCAAGACCCUUCCUCAAGCCCUGACCCCUCAAGACCCUUGUUGACCCUUCAAGACCCCUCUUCGAACCCAUACCCCUCAAGACCCCUGUUGACCUCUCAAGACUCUUCCUCAAGCCCUGAUCCCUCAAGACCACCAUUGACUCCUCAAGACCCCUCGUUGAGUCUAUACCCUUCAAGACCCCUGUUGACCCCUCAAGACCCUUCCUCAAGCCCUGACCCAUCAAGACCCCCGUUGAUGCCUCAAAACCUCUCAUCAAGCCCGUACCCCUCAAGAUCCUUGUUGACCCCUCAAGACCCCUCUUCAAGCCCAUACCCCUCAAGACUCCUAUUGACCCCUCAAGACCCAUCAUCAAGUCCAUACCCCUCAAGACCCCUGUUGACCCCUCAAGACCCAUCGUCGAGCCCUGACCCCUCAAGAGCCCCGUUGACCUCCCGAAAGGCUCAUGCUCAACACCCCUCUCCGACCCUUUCUUCUGCCCACUCUGAUAGUCCCUCGUUGGACUCCCGAUUGGCCCACGACCACUGCAAGGCUGUGAUGGAUCCUCAUUCCUCUUCUGCUCAAGCUUGCCCCUUGGGACCCUCAGAUGCCCACCACACUGCCUUGGCCUCCUCCUCCGCUCACCCCGGAUUCCCCUCGGGAUCCUUGCAGCAGCACCAGCAGGGACUUCACGGUGACGACCCCACCGUCGACCUCAAGGCCUUCCCGUUCUCGGACUGCUCCCUCUUCCCCGAGGUGCCCCCUCCGCCAGUGCCCACCUUCCCGGACCCCCCAGCGCUGUCUUCCUCUCUGCCUCCUCGCCCGCUCUUCUUCAGGGUGGACCCCUUCACCGACUACGGCUCGGCGCUCACCAUCUCAUUGCCUUCUUCGCUGGAGCCGCACCAGCCUUUCCAGGUCAUCAUACGCUACACCACCAUCGAUGCACCAGCGAUCUGGUGGCUGGAUCCUGAGCUGACGUAUGGGAACUCCAAGCCCUUUGUCUUCACCCAAGGCCAUUCCGUGUGCAACCGCUCCUUCUUCCCCUGCUUUGACACACCGGCGGUCAAGUGCACCUACUCUGCUAUCGUCAAGGCUCCUGCAGGCAUGCAGGUUUUGAUGAGUGCUACCCAAAGUUCCUAUGAAGAACAAGAGGGCAUAUACCAAUUCUACAUGGAAUACCCAAUCCCUGCUUAUCUGGUGGCGCUGGUGGCAGGGGACCUUGUGCCUGCAGACAUUGGUCCUAGGAGCAAAGUGUGGGCAGAGCCGUGCCUCCUUCCAACAGCAAUUGGCAAACUCUCUGGAAGAGUUGAACGCUGGCUCAGUGCAGCAGAAAGCCUCUAUGGCCCUUACAUCUGGGGCAGGUACGACAUCGUUUUCCUUCCCCCCUCGUUCCCAAUGGUCGCCAUGGAGAACCCAUGCCUGACCUUCAUUAUCUCUUCCAUCCUGGAGAGCGAUGAGUUCCUCAUCAUCGAUGUCAUCCAUGAAGUGGCGCACAGCUGGUUUGGCAACGCGGUUACCAACGCCACCUGGGAGGAGAUGUGGCUGAGCGAGGGGCUGGCCACUUACGCUCAGCGCCGGAUCACCACUGAGACAUAUGGUGCUGCUUUUACCUGCCUGGAGACUGCCUUCCGCCUUGAUGCCCUCCACAGACAAAUGAAGCUCCUUGGUGAGGACAACCCUGUUAGCAAGCUUCAGGUUAAGCUGGAGCCAGGUGUGAAUCCUAGCAAUCUGAUGAACCUCUUCACGUAUGAGAAAGGUUACUGCUUUGUUUACUACCUGUCUCAGCUCUGCGGAGACCCAAUGCGCUUUGAUGCCUUCCUCCGAGCCUAUAUCGAGAAGUACAAGUUCACAAGCGUUGUGGCCCAGGACCUCUUGGAUUCCUACCUGGCUUUCUUCCCAGAACUGAAGGAACAAUGCAUUGAGAGCAAAACAGGGCUCGAGUUCGAACGCUGGCUCAAUGCAACGGGCCCUCCUUUAAUUGAGCCAGACUUAUCUCAGGGAUCCAGUCUGACCAGUCCCGUGGAGACCCUCUUCAGCCUCUGGACCACGGAGCCUCUGGAUGCGGUGUCUGUGGCAAACAGCGUCAACAUUACCGAGUGGCAGACGUUCCAGACAGUGCUUUUCCUGGACAGGCUUCUGGAUGGCUCACCGCUGCCUCAUGAGGUGAUAUCAAAGCUCUCCGAAUGCUAUUCGGCCCACCUGGACAGCAUGAACGCAGAGAUUCGCAUCCGCUGGCUGCAGAUCAUUGUCCGCAACGACUACUACCCUGACCUUCACAAAGUCCGGCGCUUCUUGGAAAACCAGAUGUCCCGGAUGUACACGAUCCCAUUGUACGAGGACCUCUGCACUGGCACCUUGAAGUCCUUUGCCUUAGAAGUUUUCUAUCAGACCCAGAACCAGCUGCACCCCAACUUGCGGAAAACCAUCCAGCAGAUCUUGACGCAGGGCUUGAACCCGCUCCUUGCCAUGGACACGACGGCGGUUACCACAGAGGCCCUGGCGGUUGGGUACGAGGACAGGUCCCCGGAAGCCGUCCACAGUGCCAUUUCUCUCAGGGAUGUAAACGUGUCUGCUUAGCGCACCAGCUCGUGCCGGGCAUUUGAAGCUGGAGGGCGGGCAGCCAAUGCAGGCAGGAAGGAAGGAGGCCAUAUGAAGAAAGCACUGCUCCCCCUUCGUGCCAUAGCUCCACGAUCUCCGCUCCACGAUCUCCAGCCCACCACAAAUGUGCCUUCAGGUGCCUGACAUAUUGGCACAGCUAGAUAUCAGGGACAUAUCUCCUUUUAGCUGCAAGCAGGAGCUGUUUUGGGAUGGAUCUUCUGACUUGAUGCAUCAUGAAUGUGAAUUCCAGGGUGUCCAUUGCAAGCAGGAAAAAUAAUAAUAACAGUUUUGUUUCAGGCAUCACCUGGCAGGUGGCUUGACCUCCAGGAUGAGAGAGAUAGAGAAAGUCGGCUUGAUCUCCAAGACGAGAUAGUUGGAGAACGUCGCCUUCGGGUGCGUAUUGUUGAGGUAGUAAGAUGAAGAGAUGAUCAGGAUCAUGGACUUUUGAAAGUGAGGCAGGGAUUCACAAAGAAGAAGGUCUUUUUAAAAAAUGGAACGAAAAUGACAGUGAGGGGAACCUGUUUCCCUUUGUGCUCUUUACUGUGCGAUUCAGGAAUUGGAGAUCUGGAGGAAUCAAGUUUUAGGUGUCAAAGUUUGGGAGACUUGGGCAGGGAUCCAACAGCCUCCUGCCUUUCCUUUCUCUUUCGUGAGAUGAUCGAUACGCAAGUAUUGUUAAAUUGCAUUAGAUUUGGGAAAAAUUUUCUCCAGCUCUGUUGCAAAUCUUAAGCCUCAGCCUUCAUCCGUGUCUGAGAUAUGGCUCUGAAAACAGUUGGAGAGCUAUGUUACCUUGCUUCUUCUUGCAAAUCUAAACAUGGGCUGCAUCAGCAAGGUGCAAUCCACCCAUAUACAUCUUGGGUUAGGUUGUUCAAUUGCAUUAGAUUUGGGGGAAAUAUUCUCCAGCUCUGUUGCAAAUCUUAAGCCUUCAUCCGUGUCUGAGAUGUGGCUCUGAAAACAGUUGGAGAGCUAUGUUACCUUGCUUCUUCUUGCAAAUCUAAACAUGGGCUGCAUCAGCAAGGUGCAAUCCACCCAUAUACAUCUUGGGUUAGGUUGUUCAAUUGCAUUAGAUUUGGGGGAAAUAUUCUCCAGCUCUGUUGCAAAUCUUAAGCCUCAGCCUUCAUCCGUGUCUGAGAUGUGGCUCUGAAAACAGUUGGAGAGCUAUGUUACCUUGCUUCUUCUUCCAAAUCUAUACAUGGUCUGCAUCAGCAAGGUGCAAUCCACCCAAAAUACAUUUUGGGGUAGGUUGUUCAACGUGUGCGCAAGAGAACGUCCUGGUGGAUGCACUGGGACCAAAGAUCAUGCUGGAUGCGUUCCCAGUGUUGGGAGCAAGUUAGGGCAACAUUAAAUUACAUUAUUUUUUUCCAUUCAGAAAUGUCUUUUUGAGACCCAGAAAAGCUUGUGUCUUACCAAAGACAUUUUUUUGCAAACUUUUCUCCAUAUGAGAAAACGACUGUUGGAUCUUAGAGUCAGCUUCUUCCAAGCCAAAUGUGGGGUCAGAGCUACGUUGCUAGCCAACAAUGUUUUUUUUAACCUACCCACACUGCUGUUCACCAAAACUUUUCUUUACUGAUAUUUAGGCCGGCAGGCAGACACAAACAAAACUCACUAUGCAACGUCUUUCUCAUACAGAUAGCCUAGAAAUGAGUGGAGAGGUAGCCGUGCGUGUGGCACUGGUGCACCGGUCAGAUAGUGACCAACGCUGAGCAACGUGAUAGAGGCUCAGAUUUUCAUGAUGUGGGAAUGGCUGGGUUUUUAAUUUUUCAUUGGAAGGGGAAGUUUGGGGUAAUAAUCAGAGCCGAUGAUUGAACAAAACAGGAGCCUUUUAAAAACAACCAGGAGAGUAUUGUCGAAGGCUUUCAUGGCCGGAAUCACUGGGUUGCUAUAGGUUUUUUUGGGCUUUAUGGCCAUGUUCUAGAGGCAUU